UCGUCUGUCACUUCCGGGUAGCUGGGGGAAAAACAAACAUGAAGCAGAAACACAGGACAGUUGAGAAGCGGGAAGCCACACGGUACAAACACCGCACUCUCGGGGCCUGCCAGCACGUGGAUCACGUUUAGAUUUGUGCGCAAGAUCUUAGGAACAACCAGAGAGGUCCCCUGGAAGACAGCAACAUAUACAGAAGACCUUCUUUGUGCCAAAGUCGAGCAAGGAUUUUCAGAAGAAAAGAAUUUCGUCUGCUAGGGAGCCAUAUUUCACCAGGAUUCAAAGUGCUUCGGGUUUACCGAGUCUUCAGCUUGGGCUGUCUGUUGCAGAGGUGGGGUUGUUUUGCUGUGCGGGCUCUGGUCUGGUGGAAGAGUGGCACUGAACCGGACGCAUCUUCAGCAUAGCAGUGAGAGACAAGUGCUGCAAGGAGAAGCCUGCUGCUGAGGUUUCGGUGACUACCCUGGCGGAAGUCAAGAAACAGCACUGCAUACCUGACAUGCCUGGACCUACCUAUGCAUCCCUAGCCUUGCCCCUCCCCCCAAUAACACACCUCCCCAUGUGCACCAAUAGUGGGAUGUAAUGAGAGUGAGUGGGGAAAGCAGGCCUUCGGUUCAGUCAUGUGUGCUGGAGUGUGGAGAGGGAACCUGCCUGCAGUAUGGGGAUGCUGAAACUGUAUCUGCAGCAGGAGGAACAAACACCUUCCCAAACAGGAUUGGGCGUAACGGCUGGCCUGGUUCAGUACAGUGUAUCUCCAUGUAAAUCACCUGAGCCGUUGAGAGCUCUGCGGCAACAUCACUGGCACUGAUGCGGCAUGGCUGGAAGUGCCUGUACCAGACACUAUACCAGGAUGAGGUUCCUAUGCAGCCUGCGAUCCCCAUGGAGGGACAUCUCCCUUCUGGUCCUGGCUGUGACAGUGUUCUCCCUGUAUCUCACAUAUACGAUGGAUUCACAAGUUUCCAAAGAAGAGGCGUUGCUCCCGAGUAGGAAGGGCCGAAAGGUUGGACUUGGCCUUCAGGGCAAUGCAUGGAUCAACUCUGUACAGAGGAACAUUCUAGAAGGGAUGGAGCAAGAGGGAGCAAAAGUUCCAAACGGUCCAGUCUUGUCUGAAUUAAGUCCACUUCAGAGAAAACUUGUAGAGCUUGAGAAGAAAACCCUGGAAAGAUUCACCAACCAUGACAGGGUCGUGGUCAUCAGAGGGCACUCCAAGGUCAUUGCCAGAGAUCUGUCUUUGUACGAACAAGCAUUCCACAAACACGGUUUCUACGUCCGAAUACCUGCAGGUUUCAGGUCCAACAUUACUGGCUUCUCCAACUAUUCCUCCAGCUAUGAAGAUGUGCAAUUGUUUGAAGCGACUGUGGAGCAGUCCCAGGAUGCCCUUCAGCAGUCCCACCGUGCAGUGCUGGAGGGGGAGAAGGAGGGGUGGAUGGUGCUCUUGUGUAUGACUUUCACAGAUGGAGACACUGGUGAGGGCAUGUGUAUUCACAAGGCCACGUAUGGGCACCUCAAACCACAUCAAAAGGUGAACAGAAUCCCAGGUGUGAGGACAACUCUGUGGAGGAAAGACGGGUUCUGCCACACCAUGUCAGCAGCCAGGAAGAUCCCAGCCCUGAGGAGAAGCCCCCUGGCACCCAUGUGCUGGGUCAUGCCUCUGGAGUUUGAACAGUUCCUGAGUGUGGCUGAUGCUGUGGGAGGAGAGGCCAAGUGGGUCUUCAAGUCCAUCAACCCAGGAGGAAACAUCUACAUCCUGCAGCCAACCAAGGACAGGGACUACGCCAGGAUCAAACAAUACAGGACCAGGAAAGCAGUGGUCCAGCAGUACUUCCCCAACCCUCUGCUGAUAUUUGGGAUGCCAGUCAGCAUACGUGCCUACGUGUUGGUCACUUCUGUCUCCCCUCUCCGAGCCUUCCUGCACUCCGAGGGACUGGUCAACUACAGACAUGACUACCAGAGGAGCUUCAGAAAGGUCCCCAGUAGGAUCUGGUACUUUGGUCAGCUGCGGCAGUACCUGGCCCAUAACCACGGACCCGAGGCAGCGGAGGUGGCCUUCAGGAACAUGCAGUCUGUCAUCACGCAGACUCUGCUGGUGUCCGAGUCAGCACUGGCAGGGCACUUUGGCGGGUACUCCGCCAACCCUAUGGAGGGACUCUACAAAUGCAAGAACUGUUUUCAGCUCCUGGGGUUUGACCUUAUCUACAACUCCUCUCUCUACCCAAUGGUGUUGGAGGUCAAUGGGCAGCCUCACAUGCAGGUGUCCCUGAAUGAGUUUGAGAAUGAAACUACUAUAUCACCUGAGGUAUGUGAGCUACAGGACGAGGGCUGGGCCAGUAACUCCAUCAAGCAGGAUGCUGCAGAGGACAUGGUCGGGAUGCUGUUCUCUGAGCAGCUGGUCGCCAUGGAAGUAGCCGACGCCCUGGAGGAACUGGAGCUGAAUGUUGGGAUACUGGGUGUGAACUGCCUCCCCUCCCAUGAGUACUGCCUAACAGAGGAAGACUUGGAGUACAUCCUGGACACCAGGAGGGAGACAGUCAACAGGGGCAGCUUCAUGCAGCUGUAUCCAUCUCCAGACAGUGAGAAGUAUGCCAUCCUCCUGAAGGACCUGAGCAGGUUUGCUGGUGUGGACAUGUCGGCACCCAAACCUUUACGUGCCGGCAACCAGAAGAUCAAAGACAUCCUGGACAACACCAUACGUCACAAUACUCCCAUCAUGCACCAGCUGGUGUCGGCGCUGGAGCAGGUGUAUGCCUCGCGGGAGAUCGAGCGGCACAGGUUCGACGAGCUGUCGCCUGAAGAGGAGGCAGAUGAGGAGGAAGAUGUGGUGGGUUUGCAGCACCAGUCCCACAGACUCAUCCACAAUGCCUUCCAGGAUGUCCCUCUUGAUGAGAAGUACCAGAGACCGGAGUGUAAUGAUGACAAAGCCACCAUGCCGUACCUGUCAGGAGUCUUCACCGAGCCUAAGCUGGAGUUCUCGCCGGCGUUCAGCCCGCUGGUUGCGGAGUACCACGUGACCGUCCCGUACGACACGCUCCUCAUCAAGGUGUGGGCCUUCGCCACCAGCUGUGAUGCUGAGGCCAGGCUGGAGGAAAAGGAUGGGCUGUCCAGACCUGCUAACUACAGCCUGGGUCUGGGUGAGAACAGGAUCAACUUUCUGGUGGUGGAUCUGACCCACACUGAACCCUGGGUCAUCAACACCUACACCCUGCACGUCUACCGAGAGCGCCUCACAGACACGGAGCCCGCCUUUAACCCCCGCGUGCCCCACCAGGUGUGCACAAUGACACAGGACUGUGACAUGCGGGUUUUCAUAACAGAACCAUGUGGUCUCCAGCCAAUCAGAGACCAGUCCUGGGAUAGGUACAUGUCCCAGCAUGCACUGCUGCCACCUUGCCAAAGUGGGGAUGUACCAGGAAGUUGGGUGAUGCCGUGUGGGGAGUGCAGGGACAAGAGCUCGUGCCACUGGAGCAUGGCAGAGUGGCACCCUGGGAAAUGUAGACACGAGGUCAUGAGCAGAGACAAGCUGCAGCAAUGUCUUACAGGGAAGAAGGUAUUGUUUAUCGGAGACUCCACCAACAGAGGCAUGAUGUACUAUCUGAUGGAGCAGGUAAACGGGACGCUGACAGAGUGGGACAAAACUCACAACAUCAAGGUCUACAACAACCUCAACAAUAACAGGACCUCUGUCAGCUUCGCCUACUACCCACAGUUCUGGCUGCAGCCCGACCAUAGGCCAGUGUUUGACAAGGCCCUGUAUCAGUUGAUGAGGAGGUCGUUGCCCCUGAAGAACAGUUCUGACACCAUCCUGGUGGUGGGUGGGGUACACUGGCUGGCCACUCAUCACCUCAACGUGGUCAAGCAUUCACUAGAAAAGGAGGGUCUGACAGGUGUGAGGGUCAUCAUGAAGAGCCUGGGGUCCGGCUUUCACCUUCCUGUGGAUGGCAUCCAUUGUCUCUCACAGCAAGAGCAGCACAAGUUACUGAUGCACAACGCAGGCCUUAGUGACUUUGCUAGGCAGCUUGGGUUUGAUGUUGUGGAAACCUUCAAUGUUACUUUGCUAAGAUGCAAGGACUUCCUACAAGGAAAAUGUGCCUGCCACUUUCACAAGGUGAGACAGGUAAGAGGAGAGCAUACAGCAGCAAACAUCACAAAAAGAGAGACCCUCCCCCCUCAUAGACAAUAUACCGACCCAGGUGGUGAGGAGGAAGAUAUGUAUGGACCAGUCCACUACCAUGUUGAGGGGGACAUCAAUGCUCUGUACUCUGAGAUACUCCUUAACAGAAUAUGUGAUAUUCCCAGAUGAUAAAGAGUAAUGGGUGAGAAAUAAAAGUAUUAUUGGUGAUAGGAUCAUGGACCAAACUUCUGAAAACAAUCUGUGAUUGAUACGGGUUUCUUAAUUACAUAUAAAUGACACUGUUACAAUGAGAAUGACUAUCAAUAUUACUGGUAUAUUGUUCUUGUAUACAAUGUAGUAACCAUUUCUGUGGAGAAAGGUUGGGUAUCCCUGAAAACAACCUUGAUAAAACCACUGAUUUUGAUAUACCCUUAGCGGCUAGCAUUUAACCAUUCAUUGUCAACUAAUGACCACUAUGAAAUUUCAUACCACUAUAAGUAUAUUGGGAGUUCAUUUGGAAAUGAUAUGAUUUCUGCAAAUCCUGUCAAAAUCAUUGUAACACAAGUAGAAAGAAGUGAUGAGAAAAGAUUUUAUUGGAAGUUUUGUCCAUGUUCCUUGUAUGACCAUUGCAUAUUGGAGCUUGCUGAAAAAGACAAGAAAGCUUUGGCUACCAUGUGCGAAGUGUUAUCCUUGCAAAAUGCAGUGCAUUCCACUUAUGUAACAUUGCCUGUACUUAUGUAUAUAUGAAAUACAGAACAAUCGUGUACAGAAGCUGUUAUCUGAAUUAUAUUAAGUCACUUGUAUAUACAAGGUAUAGAAAGCAAUAAUAUAUUUAUGUUGCCUUAAAUCUAUCCUAAAGCUAUUUUAAGUAGGUAACGGUACAUGUAGCAACACGAAGGCCUUUGUAUGAUAAAAGCUCAGGGACAUCAUUUAGUCAACAUUGCCUUCAGUUUUUCAUUCAUCCCUAGUUGGCAGAAUAGUUGUCUUGUACACAUGUUUGUGUUAGUGAAAGUUCUUAUUAUGUCUUCUAUACACUACUGUUACAUGCUUACCGUGCUCAAGCAAAACAAAAGGGAAAGUUACUUUAAUAAUUGAUGCCCUCUAGACAAGGGAGUGUUUGACAUUUCUUCAAUCAAUUACCACUACUUCUGGUAACAAAUGGAAUAUUUCUUUGUAAGGAAAGAAAGACUAUCAACCCUUACCCCAAUAAGACUAUCAAAAAGAGCAACAAAACAUUGACAAAAAGCAGUGUUACCACCACUUUACAUGUGUCCGUCCAUUUCUAGUAUAGUCGAUUCCAUCCCAAAGACUGUAAAAGUAGCAUAAGUGUAUACAGUACCCAUAAGAGUUUAGAAUGAUGUAGUCUUCCUGUUUAUGUCUAUGAAGUAAACUGUUGUCCGGUCUGGCUACGGGUCACCUUAUGUUACAAGAGUGCAGGUUCGUGCACAAAUGUCAUAUUUUGAUCAGAAAACAAUAGUUCCUGGUGAUUUGUAGGGAGGACCUACAUGUAAGGUGAACAUGUAUGUAAGUUGAAGGAAGAUGAUACACAAUGUAGCACCAUAGAAUUGAGAUAAUGGUGUAGAUUUUUACAUUCGUAAAUUUCAGGGACUCGAAGUGCCAAAAAUUGCUCAAAAGCAAAUUUAAAAGUUGUAUUACACUUAGUUUAUACUUAGAAGAGAUGGAAAAUACCUUUUUGUGGUACUUUUCCUUAAAAUACUAUCACAAAGAGUAGAGUUAAAGUGCUAAAAGAGAAGACCACUGCACACUAGUACAUUUAUAGAAUGCUACAUGUUUCCUUGUACAUGUAUAAUGUACAUAUCAUGACAGAUUACACAGAAGCAGUUUUUUUUUGUGUGAUGGGUGAAUUUUCAUACUAGAAGUGAUGUGCUUAUCAUGGUUUUAUGUGAAAAAUUGUGUUGUGCUCUGUAAAUGUUUUUCCUUCUUUCUCACAACAGUUUGUCAACUAAACAUUACUUCCUCUGCUUCCACAAGAUAAGCUUGAGAUUUGCAUAGAUUUGAACUUGGUUGAAUACACAUAACAGUUAAAAGUACAAUCUCAUAUUCAUAAUAUUAUCAUACUUGAACAAUUGAAAAAAAAUUUGUCUAAAAGAUUCAAUCACCUAGUGGUUGGUAUUAUAUGUUUAAGAUCACUGUGUUAUGUUUGACAUAAGUUGUUCAACCACUACCAACUCUGUGUUGUUAUGCCCAACAUUACUGAUCAUUACUAUAACAUUAUACAUUGGAACUUUUUGCAAAGAUUAUCAUUUGGUGAUCAAUGACAUGUAGAUUCUGAACAUAGAUUUUAAAUGUAGGUACAGGAAAGAACUGUAUAUUUAUUACAAAGCAGAGCUUUUAAAAAGAUCUUAUAUAUAGCGUUGUCGAAUAAAAGCAAGAGUUGCUUAUAUGUGA